CAGAGUGCUGAAAAAAUGGCAACUGGAAAUAUAACUGAUGAUUUAACAGAGGAUUUGUUUUGCUCCGUCUGUUUGGAUUUGUUUAAAGAACCUGUACUGCUAGAAUGUGAGCAUAAUUUCUGCAAAUCCUGCAUAGAUAAAGUCUGGGACAGUGAGAAAACUCCUUCCUGUCCAGAGUGCAGAUUGGAAUUUCCAGCCAGACGGUACACUAUCAACAGGCUGUUAAGUAAGUUUUCAGAGAAAGCUCGAAGGGUUCAGCAAGGUGAGAAGGCAAGAAAGCCACACCAGGAACAGAAAAAGCACUGCGCGCUUGAAUCACAACAAUGCUUGGAGCACAAUGAGAUACUGAAAUUGUUUUGUAAGGAAGAUGAAAUUCCCGUAUGUGCCUUCUGUGAGGUUUCCACUGGACACGCAGGACACUCCUUCAUGUCCCUGCAAGAAGCAGUCAACAGGCUUCAGAACAAGUUGAAAGAAGCCUCAUCCCUUCUGGAAUUAAAACUUAAGGACAUCAAAGCUCUUGAAAAUCAGCAACAACAAAUGAUAUCAGACCUCCCGAAUGAAUCUUUGAGAUUAGAACAACACAUAAGAUCAGAAUUUGCCAAGCUGCACAGGCUGCUCCAGGAUAAGGAACAAAGUCUGAUAGAACAGCUAAAGAAGGAAGCAGCAGCAAGUCUGAGAAAGAUGGAGGAAAACCUGAAGGAUAUAAACACCAAGCACAGUACCAUUCAGGAUCAACUAACUGGUAUUCAGUUAACACUGCAGCUGGAAGAUCCUGUAAAGCUCCUAAGGGAAUUCAGAGAUCAUGAAGAAAGAUGCAUGCAACUCCUGAAAGAAUAUGUUUUGCCAGGUGUCAUACUGGGUACCUGUGAUGACACUCGGGAAAUGUACAAUUACUUUUUACACCAUGAGGACUGGAAUGGAGGGAAGUGUAAUAUGAGAACAGUUCCAUCACCUCUGACCCUGGAUCCUGACACAGCACAUCCUGAUCUCAUUCUAUCUGAGGACCUGACCAGUGUGAGAGAUAGUAAUGUUUCACAGCAUCUCCCUGAUAAUCCUCAGAGAUUUGAUUCUCACAUCUGUGUACUUGGGAAAGAGGGAUUCAAUUCAGGGCGACAUUAUUGGGAGGUGGAGGUGAAGAACAAGAUUUCAUGGGUUGUGGGUGUCACCAGAGAAUCCAGCAAUAGGAAGGGAAGCUUUGAAGUCAAUGCGAAGCAUGGAUAUUGGAGGAUGAGUCUGAGGAAUGGGAAUAAGUACACAGCUGCAGGUUCAUCAUGGAAGGAUUUAACCCUCACUGUGAAACCCCAACGGAUCGGAGUGUACCUGGACUAUGAAAGGGGAGAGGUCUCAUUGUAUAAUGCUGACAACAUGUCCCAUAUCUACACCCUUACUGACAAGUUUACUGAGAGAAUCUAUCCUUUUUUUAGCCCCUGUCUUAAUCAUGAGGGAGAAAAUGCAGAGCCCCUAAAACUAUGUCACCUGAAACUGUAAUCUGAAUAAGAAAUUGUUCUAGUACUCAGUUUUAUUGUAUUCUUUCUAGUGUAUUAUUAUUUUCAGUCACUUAAAAAACAUUAUCAGAAAGAGGUAGAAUGGUAGUGUAAAAUGCAUUAUUUUAUUAUAAAGUUAACAUUCUUUUUAUAUUACCACAAGUGAUUUUCUAAUUAAUUAAUUUAACAUUAUAAUCAAAAUAAUUGUAAUAUUACUUCCCAUGGAGUUUGCAAAGUAAAGCUUGGAAGUCUAUGAUUUAUUUAUGAUGUCUGUAUAUAACAUGUCAUAGUGACAAUUUUAUCUUGCACUCUUCCAGAUUUAAUUGUAACUAGGCAGAGUUAUCUGUGCUUCUGUUGUGUAAGUGAAAAUUAAAUUAAUUUCAAUUUCAGUGCAAAACUCAAAAGAACGAAAAAAAUGUAUAUUCCUUGGGCGGCGCAGUGGUGCAGCGGUUAAUGCUGUCGCCUUACAGCAAAGGUUC